AUGUCUGGAAUCGCGAGUGCCCGCCUGUCGGAAGAGCGAAAAGCUUGGCGAAAAGAGCAUCCAUUUGGGUUCAUCGCCAAGCCCGGCAAAAACCCUGACGGCACUUUGAACCUUUUCAAUUGGGAAUGUGCGAUUCCAGGAAAGAAAGACACGAUUUGGGAAGGCGGAUUAUACAAGGUGAACAGGGGAAAACACGUGCAUUUUCAGUUUCAAUGGUUUUUUUUUCUUUGAUGAUAUGAUCUGUUUGUGAAUGCUUGAUGGUACGACAAAAUCUCAAGUCCGCAAAUCUCUAGGACCGUAAUCUUGUGUAUGCAGAUCUAAAGUCCCAUAAUCUUGGAGACCAAAAUCUUGGAAACCACAAUCUUGGAAAGCAAAAAUCUUCCUUUUUAGUCGUCUUUAUUGCACUUUAUCUAUUUAUAUUCUCUUGUUUGGAUCACCGAAUACAAGUUCUGAUAAAAUCUAUUCGCAAAAAGCGUUGAUUUUUACUCUCCAAGAUCUUGAUUUCCAAGAUUUUGGUCUCCAAGAUUAUGGGACUUUAGAUCUGCGUACACAAGAUUACGGUCCUCGAGAUUUGCGGACUUGAGAUUUUGUCGUACCAUCGAAUGCUUGACUGUUUGUUCAAUAGAGCAUAUUUUCCCUGAGUCACAAAAGUUCACAAGGCGAAAAGCUUUACAGUUCUUUUCAUCUUUAGAAUAGUUCCAGUGACUCGCGGGUUGUUAUUAAGUUAUCCAUGGAAAAUUUUGAACAGUAGUCGCAUUUCGGAUAACCGACGCGUUGCGGAUGCGCUGCGGCUUUUUAUGUUGACUUUUUUUUUUAAAAUUCUAUUUGACUUUUAAGGUGACGGCUUGGCAGCAGUUUUGAACCAAUGUCACCACUUUUUUUUGGGAAAAUUAUUAUUUUCCGAGAAAACCAUAACCAUUAUAAAUUUGAUGAUUCUCAAGGUCCGAAUGCUGUUCAAAGACGAUUUCCCGUCGACGCCGCCCAAGUGCAAAUUCGAGCCGCCUCUUUUCCACCCAAAUGUUUAUCCUUCAGGUUUUUCAUUUCUAACAAGGUUCUCAGAAAAGUCCAGUUGGGGGAAUUUGCUGAGAUUCAACUAAUUAGAGAUUAUAAUCUUAUAUUAUCUUACAUUUUAGAUUAUAAAAAAAAAUUUUUUUCGAACGUUUCCACCUUUUUAUGUUGAGUUAAACAUCAUAAAAAGGUCUAAAAACUUAUUUUUCACCCAAAAUAACAAAAAAAAUUUUUAAAACAAAGAACUCAACGGGCGGUCCCGGGACGACACGAAAUUCGAAGCACUUGCCCCGGGUAGACCGGCAAAAUUGAAAUGAGUGAAAAUGUAGGAAGUGAAAAAUGGCUCGUCUGACUUUUUGCUCCUCAUAUGGGCCCGCCCGGGUCGACCCGCUUCAUAAUCAGCUCUGGGAGUCAGAAAAUUUUCCGAAAACUUGUUCUUUUCUGAGCCGCCCUGCAAAAUUUUCAAGAAGACUCCAAAGUUAUAUAUUUUAGGGACCGUUUGUCUGUCGCUUCUGGACGAGAACAAGGACUGGAAGCCGUCAAUCUCGAUCAAGCAACUUUUGAUAGGAAUCCAAGAUCUGCUCAACAAUCCUAACGUUGAAGAUCCGGCACAAGCCGAAGCUUACCAAAUUUAUUGUCAGAAUCGGUAAAUUUUUGGAUUUCUCUUGCGUAAACGGACUACUCGCUUAACUUCAACUGAAAAGACGAUUAAGAGCUCACUUGAGUGAAGCUUUUCGUAGUGAUCACUCAAGGGGAUGAAUAAUACGCCUAAUUUCUGCAAGGUCUGGGCUAUAUUGGUGAUAUCAACUCCAUUUAAAAAAAAACUUUUUUUGGACAUUUUUCAUCUUUCAGUCGAGUUAUACACCAUAAAGAGGCUGAAGAUCUUCGAUUUCUUCAUGAAUAAAACGUUUUCAAGGUUUAAAGUUAAUAGUUGAUGUUGGAGAGUUUUUUUCAAAAAGUCAUGUAUAAUUUUAAUGGAAGUUAGUAUAUCAAGGGUUUAUCGUUAAUUAUCAACGUUCUGUAAAAAAAAUAAUUUAACUAAAAAUUUCCAAAAUAUUUAUAGUAAAUCGUAAAAUAUCGUAUGACUGUCCUCCAGUCGCUCGAAAAUGAUUCUGCAAAUUCCGAGAAUUUCUUACUUUGUUUCACCUAAUAAUGGAAAUUUCAAUAGCCAAAGUAAAAGAGAAAAACAUAAAUUUUUCAGCAAUGUUUUUUGUUUCUGGCAAAAACGAAACAUUUUUUAUUUAUGAUGGUUAUUAUUAGAAAGCUUUCAAUUUCUCGAAGAUGGACACUUUGAAAGGCUCAGAAAUCAAAUAUUGACGAUAGAAUGAGAUUUUUGGGCACAUUUUAGUUUAAAAUCGCUCGAGUUUAAAUUGGAUUUGUUUAUGGUUGGUCUGGACGGAAAUCCUGAGAAUUUUUGAUGUAAUUUAAGAAAAAACUUGACUUUUUGAUUUAAAAAAAAACGAACUUCAAAGUUCAAUUCGUACAUAGUUUUAACAAAAUUGUAUUUUGAGAUCAAAUAUUUUAAACUAAUCAACAAAAAAUUAUUAUUCCAAUUGAGUUGAUUAUCACUUUUUCCAAAAAUAAUAGGAAACUCAAUUUUUUUUAAACUCAAAGUCGCUUCGCAACCGCUAAAUAGUUUUGAUUCGGCAUAUUUUUCGAUUUAUGAGAAAUUUUUUAUUAUUUUUCAGAUCGGAGUACGAGAAGCGGGUUCGUAGGGAAGCGCAAAAGUUCAGCGCGGAUCAGGUUCAAAAAACCAUGCUUGGAUGA